UAGUGUUGAAUUUAUAAAAUAGAAAGAUGUAAAAAAUGAGUAAUGAAAAAAAAUCUCGCCAUCAUAAAUCUGAAAUCAAUCUUGCAAUAUUCUUAUUUCAAUCAUCAUAUCAAGGCAAUUAUCGUGACUUGAAAGAUGUUGUGAACUCAGAAAAAAUCAAAAAAGAGAAAAGAUGGUUAGCUUUAAAUGCUCAUGAUGCAGAAGGUGUGCCAAUACUAAUAAAUUGCAUCCAAGGCUCUGCUGAAAAAGUAGAUGAAGGGGACCACCUGGAAUGUUUAAAAAUAUUGUCACAAACAGGCAUUCCUCUUGAUGCUAAAGAUAAGCAAGGACGAACUGCUCUACAUUGGUCAAUAAUAAAUGAAAAAUAUGAAAUAUGUUGGUAUUUAUUAAAACAAGGUGCAAAAGGAUAUUCUGUAGAAUCAAAGAAUAAUUUUGAUAUGUCUCCAUUGCAUUUGGCUGUUUCUAGAAAACUUGUUAAGUUUGUAAAGUUGGUUCUUGGUUUUGAGUCACAAAAGCAGUAUUUAAAUUGUGCUGAUUCUUCAAAUACAACACCACUAUGCCAUGCUUUGCUUAAAAAUGAUCUAGAAAUAUUUCAGUUACUUUUGGUUGCAGGUGCUGACAUGAACAGUGAUACAAAUAAUGGCAAGAGUUUAGUUGCUCAUGUUAUAGAAAACAAUCAGACAGAGUUUUUAAACCUGUUACUUAAACAUAAAGUAAACUUGUUUCCACUUGGUACAAAUCAGUAUAAUAUGAUUCAUUUGGCUGCAAAUCAGCAAAAUAGUGCUUCUUUGAAACUUCUGGCAUCUCAUUGUACAGUGAGUGAACUGCAAUCAAAAGAUAAAGAUGGAAAAACUCCACUUAUGCAUGCAGUUUAUCACAGUUUGGUUAAAAAUGUUAAAAUACUAUUGGAUAGUCAGGUUGAUGCAAUGAUUUGUUGUAAUGCAGGUAAAACUGCUCUUCAUUUGACAUGCUUCAAUAGUGACAAGCAAUGUGUUGACCUUUUGUUGAAGUAUGAGAAGAAGCUAUUAAAUAAAUGUGACUUUAAUCAUUGUUAUCCUAUUCAUUCUGCCAUCAUAUUCAACAAUCAAGUUAUAGUUCGAGCUUUACUAGAUCAUGGGGCAAAUGCAUCAGUGUUAGAUAACGAAAAGCACACUUUGAUUCAUUAUGCCACAGAAUAUGCAUCAACUCUUUGUUUGAUGGAACUAGUUAGUGUUGGAUUAUCUGUAAACAUUCCUGAUCAAUAUGGUGUUUACCCUAUCCAUUAUGCUGUAAAUGCUCCACCAGAAGGUGUUAGUGAAGCAAAAGUUAAUUAUUUAAAACAAUUGGUUAAAGUUAAUGCUGAUUUGAGUGUUAUUGAUGAACAAGGUUGCCAACCAAUACAUUGGGCAGUUUGUACUGGAAAUAUUCAAGCUCUUAAAAUACUUCUGAUUGAAAAUGUUGAUCCCAAUGUUACAGCAAGCGAAAGUUCACUUAGUUGUUUGCAUCUUGCAUGUAAAUUUCAAAAGCUUGAAUGUUUGGAGCUGCUUACUCAGCAUCUUUCUAUUAAAAUUGAUCAGUUAGAUAACAAAGGAAGGUCAGCCCUAUUUUUAGCUUGCGAAAUAAGAAAUACAUCCAAAUUCACAGAGAUUUUACUCAAUGCAGGAGCAGAUUGUGAUAGGCAAGAUCAAGCUGGAAACACACCAUCCCACAUUGCAGUAAUUAACUCAUCUGUUGAUUCCUUGUGGUUGUUAUCAUUAAAAAGAGCAAACAUUGAUGUUAAAAAUAAUCUUGGAGAAACACCCUUGCACCUGGCUUGUAUGAACGCUGAUGAUGGGCCUUUGCGAUUUCUUCUUACAAGAAAUUGUAAUGUUAAUUCACAGCAGUUAAAUGGUUCAACUCCUUUACACCUAUCAGUAUCAUCAAAGAGUUAUGAUCGCACUCUUUUGCUUUUGCAGAAAAAUGCAAACUGUAAUGUACUUAUGCAUGGAAAGGAUGAGUAUACACCUCUGGAUCUAGCGCUUGAAAAUGGAAAUUAUAAGUUGAUUAAACUACUCAGAAGUUAUGGUGCUCAAACCGGACAUUGUGUGUUGAGUAAUGCUGCUAUAAAAAUUCAGCACUAUUGGAAAAUGUAUCGAAAACGAUGUUUUCCGAAAUUUAAAGAAAGAGUUUCUAAUAGGAGUUUGUGUAAUUCUUCUAAUGCAAGUGAAAGCAUUAGUGUUUUAGAGUCCAAGAGGAAUCAAAAUCAAACUGAUCAAGAAGUUGGUUUUUACCAAGCUUUGUUGAAAAAUUCAGUUGAUCACUCUGAGUCUGUUUUAAAUACAUUGCCAAUCAAUUCUAUAGAAGAUUUCUCACCAAGUCAAAAACAAGAGUUAGCGCAAAAUUUAUUUACUGAUAUUCUUACUGAACGCUAUAAAAAAGAAUUUAAAGAAAGAAUUGCAGAAGGGAAUCAUGAAAUUGAGUUAAUGAGGAAACUUAUGAGAGAAACGGAGAAGUUACUUGUGCGAGCAAAAACUGUUAGUCAGGUAUCAGAAGAUUUAAUAAGUAGUGAUGCAUUUCGAUCAAUGAAAAGAAGAACUAAAUUACUUAUGGAUGACCAAAGAAAGAAAUAUUUAUUUGACAAGUUUCUUGUACUGGCUGCGCUAGGAAUCUUUGGUAUUUUGCAUGUCGACUGCCAUUGUUUUAUAAAAUAAACAAGCAUGAAUAUACCUAUUUUAAAAUUGAAAGUAUGAAUGAUUCCAAAAAAUGUGAACUGUCUCGAUUGGACUUGAUGUUUCAGUCUUUGGAACAAGCCGAUCUAAAUGACUCGUCAUUUGAUAUUAAAAACGAAUCUGGUGAAUCUAAAUUGCUUUCUGAAGAAAUAAUAAAACUUAAAAAAUUAGCCUUAAUUAAACAAAAUUGGGAAGUUGAGAAAUCAGAUUUAAUUUCAAAAAUUCGAAAAUGUGAAAAUAUAUUAAAUGGUCGGUGUGAACUUUUUAUGAGCGAUUUAGAUCUGCGUGAGAUUGUGCAACAGGAAAAUCGAUUACUUAAGGAAAUCGACGUUAAACUUGAGGAAGUAAAAAAAGCAGAAGUAGAACUAAAUGACAUUAAAGAGCUAUUGGUUGAAAUGCAAGAUGUUCACGCUAUCCAAUUUGGUAUUUAUAAUAGUGAAAUUUGAUAUGUAAAUUUUCUUUUUAUUUUAUAAUUUUUUUUACUUUAAAA